AUGGCAACUGCAAUCCAAAAUGUUCCACAAAAAAUGGCUGUCAACAGUUGUCACACAUAUUUUUGUAACAAAAUAGCCGAAUCUUUACCACUUUUAUAUCAGAUAGAAGAUGUUCAUACACGUGAUGAUUUAUGUAUUCGAAAAGUUCAAAUAUUACAAAGUGAUAAAUUAGCAAUUAAAUCAGAAGUUUCAUUUCAUGAGGUAUGUAGAGAAUCAAUAAUGCAUCAGUGUCAUUUACCUGUAACACCGAUGCCUGAAUUUUGCAAUUCAUUAUCAGAAGCAGUUAAACAACUGUUAGAAAAGAAGGAUGGAAAAGCAUUUCCAUUAUCACCGGAAAUCCGUGAAUUCGCUGAUACAGUCUUAUUGAAUCCUAUCAAUGAUAUAUUUGAUAUUCGUAUUGUUGAUGCUGAUUCAUUUGCAUUAGCAACAAUAAAAGGAUUUUAUACUAAAAUUUGGGCUAAAACAAAGGAAAAAAUUGAUGAAAAUUUAAAUUAUCACAAAUUGCUGGCAGCAUAUUUUAUGGAAACAACAAUUUUACCAUCUAUGCUUCGCUACUCUAUCAGCCGUGGUUUCUCACCGACUAAAUUUGAACCAAUCGAUUUUUGCUUAUGGAUACAUAGCAAUGAUAUUGAUAAUAAUGAAUGGCUUCUAUGCGAAAAUCACUUCUCUAUCGCAAAAUGUGGCAGAGCAUUUAUUCAACAUCAUUUGUGGACAAUAACUGGGAAUUUACUGAUGACUGCAACUUCAGAAGCUAUCAUCAAAGGGAUCUUCAAGGAUGAGAAUCUAGCAAAAUGA